UUAGGUUAGAAAUGUAAGACGAACUCUUCAUCUAAGCACUGUGGGUUUCUACAGCACAUCAGUACCCUCUAGUGAUGUGGCUAUCCAGUAUAAGCAUGGACUCCCUGUUAUAACACUGUCCCUGCCAUCUCGUAAUGAACGUUGCCAGUUCACCAUUAAACCCUUCACGACUACAGUAGGAAAGUUCUUAAAGGACAUCCAGAAUGAGGACCAAGGAAUUGAGAGUCUGGCUGCCAUAUCCACAGAUGGUACAAAGUUCUCUGCUUCGACGUUGAUGGAUGUCUUAUUAAAGAAUGAUUUCCACCUUGUUUUAAACAACUCAACGUAUCAUGUGCAGUCUCUUCAAACAGACAAGCAACCUACUAAUGAGUCUAAUGGAAUGGAUCCUGUGAAGUCUUUGGUUCAUGACCUGCAUUCAGCUUUGCACUCCAAAGAAUAUCAUCUACACAAAGAACAGGCACUCAUACAGAGGAUAGAGGCCCUAAAAGAAGAGCUGUUGCCCCUAGAACAGAUUAGGUUGGAUAUAAUGGCUAAAUCAGAUGCCAGAAGCAAGACUCUUUUGUGGACUGGACUGGCACUGCUGUCUACACAGGGAGGAGCUUUAGGCUAUCUCACAUGGUGGGUCUACUCUUGGGAUAUAAUGGAGCCUGUUACAUACUUCAUCACCUAUGGAAACAUCAUUGCCUUUUAUGCAUACUAUCUUCUAACCAACAUGGACUAUCUUUAUCCAGAUGCAAGAGACCGUCAGUUCCUGCAUUUCUUCUAUAAAAGAGCCAAGAAGCAGCACUUUGAUGUAGAAAAAUACAAUUGGCUGAAAAAUAAGCUGGCAGAGGCUGAAGAAAGUUUGAGGCGUCUGCGGAAUCCUCUAAAACUCAAGCUUCCAAUUGAGCAGCUACAAGAGAGAGAAUAA